CGUGAUUGCAUCCUCCCCCCUUUUUGCCUGGCUUCCUUCCCCCGUCCUGUGGAGUGGAAAUGGUACAGUCCUUUCUCCAGCAGACUGGUAGCUCGGUGGAUGUUGCUGGAACGUAAGAGCAUCAGCACAGGCUGGCUGGACUGCAGCGAGCAAACCUAUCACCAGGCGGGCACAAGAGAGGCAAGAGGCGUUCUCUCUCUGCUGCUCCUAGAGCUCUGCACAAGGGUUGGUGCCCAACUGUCGGUGUCCCAAGCAGGAGAGCAUCAUCCGUGAGGCACGAUGACCCAAGGGAAGCUCUCUGUGAAUAACAAGCCUCCUAACUCCGAGGGACAGCAGGGACAGGGAGAAAAGAAGGACAAUGCAACCGCCCCCUCGGCACCCCCGACGUACGAGGAAGCAACUUCAGGGGAAAGGAUGAAAACGGAGGCAUUCUCCCCUCCACCGUCUGUGCCCCUCCACCCCAGCUGGGCUUAUGUGGAUCCCAGUGCCAGCCCAAACUACGGCAGUGGAGGGUACCCAGGGGACACGGAGCUACUCACGACCUUCAACUGGGAUGACAGAAAUGUGCGCAGAGUGUUCGUCAGAAAGGUCUAUGCCAUUCUUAUGCUCCAGCUGUCUGUCACAGUCAGCAUUGUGGCUCUCUUCACCUUCUGUGAGCCAGUCAAAGGUUAUGUCCAGUCAAACCCAGCCUGGUACUGGGCUUCCUAUGCAGUGUUCUUUGUGACAUACUUGAUCCUGGCUUGCUGCUCCGGACCCAGGAGGUAUUUUCCAUGGAACCUGAUCCUCUUGAGUAUCUUUACUCUCUCCAUGUCCUAUCUCACUGGAAUGCUCUCCAGCUAUUACAACACCAGGUCAGUUCUCUUGUGCCUCGGGAUCACAGCCUUGGUGUGUCUUUCCGUCACCAUCUUCAGCUUCCAGACCAAGUUUGACUUCACCUCCUGCCAAGGUGUCCUCUUCGUCAUGCUCAUGGUGCUGCUCUUCAGCGGGAUCAUCCUGGCCAUUCUCCUCCCCUUCCAAUACGUGCCGUGGCUCCAUGCUAUCUAUGCCGUGCUGGGUGCAAUUGUCUUUACUAUGUUCCUGGCAUUCGACACGCAGCUGCUGAUGGGGAACCGCCGGUACUCACUGAGCCCAGAGGAAUACAUCUUCGGAGCCCUCAAUAUCUACCUGGACAUCGUCUACAUCUUCUCCUUCUUCCUCCAGCUCUUUGGCUCCAGCCGGGAGUAAGUGCAGUGAGAAAGUGUCUGUCCUCGCCCGGCGAAACAGAAAAAUGUUAAAAAAAAAAAAGAGGGGAAAAUUAUAGCCAACCUUUCUGGUCCCUUUGCCAGCUCCAUUCCAUCUACUGAGCAACCCCCCUGGUUCCUUCUGCAGCCUGUACAUAUGCUGUUAACCCUUUGUGACCCAGAAAGCAAACUGGAGUGGAAAUGCUAUGCUUCCUCCCACCCCCUGAAAUCAAACCAGAGCAGGGUCGGUAGUGCCGGCAGGGCAGAAGUCUGGGCUCUCCCAUUUGCAGAGGGUUCCCCUUCUGGCUUCGGCACAUUAUUGCAUAUAGGCACGGUAUGCUGUGUGCUGCCGAGAUGCAGAGCCUGGCUGUGAAAGGGGAAAAGAUGGGGGCUGGGAAUUUGUUGGGGUCCUGGCAGGAGAACCAGCAGCUGAACAAAAGAAGGGAGUAGGUUAGGGUUCCAGGAUUGCAAAGGUAUCCACCUUCCCGCCUCCGUGCGCAAUCUGAGUCAUGUGAUUCCAGUAGAGACGCAGCCUAGAAGUGAAUGGCGCCUCUUGGUAGUCCCGCUAGCAGUCAUCCACCUGCUGCGAGAAGAGCAGCUCUCCAUCAGGGGCAGCCCCCUAAGAGACAUCCCCAGCACCCUCUAGGCCUUCCUGUGUCUCCUUUCUACCAGACCACAAAACUGAGAACCCCCUUUCCUCCCAUAAUGCCUCCCAGGCCAGGCUGAUCACUGAUGUGGGACUCACCUACCCAGCCAGCUGCCUCAGGGGAUGAGUAGAUUGGAGCUGUCUAAGGGAUGGGCCCCAGGCGGGAUUGCAAACAGGUGUCAAGGGGUCAUGAUACCAGCUUGCCCUUUCUAUAUCACUAAAUGGGGAGGGAAGGUAGGUCCCAGUUAGAUCCUGGCUAGAUGGGAGCCAGGUCCUGGGGUCCUAGGAUGGAAAAGGUGAAGCACCAGCCUAUGCAAAGCCAGGAAUCCUGUGCCCCUGGGGAAGAUGGCGAGAUUGGACGAAGACCCUAGGGACUCAUGGAUUCAUUAGUGUCCUACAAUAAUGGCUUCGAACUCUAGAUGCUCCAUCGUACAGUGCAUCCGGGGUCACCACCACCACGAAUGCAGUUGUAUUGCUUGGUGAGCAUGCACAGCUUGGAAGGGCAGAGAGGUGUCUGCAUCACACCCUGGUGGUACUGCACGGAUGCCCCCAUGCAAGCUCCCCAGACUGCAGAUUGGACAGCAGGUGCUGGAGAGGUCUUCUUUCUAACCACUGGAGAGCAUCACGUCCACCAGCAGGGUUGGGUGGCAUUAAUGCUCUUGAACAAGAUUCCCUGACCCCCCUCCGUCCUCCAUCGCAGCAGGGCAGCAGAAGGUUCCUUCUCCUGAGGCGACUUCUGAGAUGCUGAAACUGUGGAGCUUGUAAACACUGACGUUACGUGAGUCACCCAAGAACGGGGUGCCAGCUGCAGGUCCCCUAAAGCUGGAUCUCCAUGCAAUUGCCAGGCCUGCCUCGUGUGAGCUGGCACAAAGCAUGACGAGCUAGAUGUUUCUUGCACUACCCUUUGCUGGUGAGCAGAUGUUUCAGCACCUCUCCUCAGAAGGCACUUAGUACUCAAGGAACAAUAGCUGACGUGCGGCCUGUCGCUAAGGAGAGAGAGUCUGAUGAGUUCUGCAGGGACGGAACCAAAUGAAGUUGGACCAAAUACCAAUAUCCCUGUUUAAAAAAGUCCAUUCUACCAGCGUGAAUAACGUGGCAGAGGAGCUGAUCUAGGGUUAUCCUGCCCCAUUGUUACACGUUCAGGGGAACCCAAUGCAGUUUUGAAGAAGGAAACUGAGGGAUACACCCAGGAGUACCCAGGAAAUACCCACAUCAUUUAGUGAGGGCUACCGAGGUGGCAUUCCAAGAAACCACUUGGAAUAGAGUGCCAGGUCUUAGUGUGCUUGUGCCAGGUUGUAGGACCCUGAGGACAAAAAGAGCUGUCCUGCUGACUCAUCCUGGCAGCUAGAUCAGGUGGAUCCUAUUAGCCUCAACCCAGGAUAUAAAAGGAAUUUUUGAGUGUCUCCCUGAGACAGAGAAAGCACUAGGGUCAGGAACAGAGGAGGCCCUUCAGGGAGCAGUUGCAGAAACAGCAAAACUCAUGCGCAAGCUCCGGUGAGACGUUUCUAAUUGUUGUUAUGGACCUUAAAGGUAGAGGGGACACUAGGAAAAAGGGUAAGUUUGGACUUGAGCCUGGAUGUGUGAGGAGAAAAGGGGGAAUGCCCAUGCUGCUGACACAGAGUGGCACCCUGAGAAAUGCCCACUAUCCGGAUGGAUCACUGAGGAUGACCCAAGAACCACCCAGGCGGGGCUCUCUCUCACAGAACUAACUGAAAUGCCAGGUAGUGAAAGCAGCCCCUUUGCUAUUCAGCUAUCCAGGCCCUCAUUUUCAGCUCCCCUGCCCUCCAAGCUGGGCCCUUUGGACAACCCCGAGUGCACCAGUAUCUUUCCAUCUUUGCCCUGUUAAUAUCCCCCAUUUGGAAAUCAACUGGCUAAUUAACGGUAGGGCCCCAGGCUGAGAUAAGAUAAGAGGCAUUUAAUGCUUAUUUAAAAGGCGAUCUCUCCCCCGAUAGGGCCCUUUAUCUGAAAUCUCCCUGGGAAGACCAGGGCAUGUGCGUCAGCAGGUUGCUUCUAGCCAUUCCAACCCGCUGGAGGGGGAACCUGUGCCAAGAUCUCCAUACUGUACAUUCCUUCUCUGCUGCUGUCCUGCUUCCCAGGCAUGCACACGCCUUCCACACGUGCCUCGGCCCCGCGCUGGGCGAAGCAGAGGAAAGUUACUGUGCACAGGGUUGUAGGAAGUAAAUCUCAUGUUCCUUUACUGCGCCUCUGCUGAUCCCUCAUGUUCAGAGAUAAUCCUGCUCUUCCCACACCCCUGUCCCUCCCGGUUCCUUAUUGCCUGAUCCAAGGACAUCACUUUUGUACACAUUCAGGACACAGCGCGGGCACUCUACCAGGGGGAUGGGCGUCUGUGGAAGGCUCCAUCUGCAGGGACUUAGAGAUGCGGCAAAGUGCAGCCCCUCUGAACUUCACAGCGACAAUGGGGGAGAGUUGAUGGUGUCGUUCUGGAUUUACAGCAGUGGGGACAGAGCACAGGAUUUGGCCCCUCUGGGUUGUAUGUCGACAUGUCAGUUGGAGGUGUGAUUGCAGCUCGGGUAGGCAUACCUCUGCUGGCUUGAAUCUAGCCAGCGGGGUUAAAAAUAGCAGUGAAGCCCUGGCAGGGUGGACCCCGGCACGGGCUAGCAGUGUGAGUACGUACCCUGGCUUCCAGGUGGGCUUGAACAGCCCGUACUGCUGUUUUUAGGUGUGCUCGGUGCUUGAGGGCAGGCCUACCUGCCACCAUUACAGUAUAGACUCUGGCUGGGUCAGCAUCCUGAGAGAUCUGCUGGCAGAAAGUGGCAGCUGUUUACUCAAGUUAUACUUCUUGGUAAUAAUAAUUAGCACUUACCGUCUUCAGAGCUGUUUACAGACAUAUAGGCCAAAAUCAUCAGCAGUGGCCAGUGAGUUUUAUUAUUAUUAUUUUGUGUUGCCGUAGCCCCUGGAGCUCACAGAUCAGGACCCCAUUGCUAAUGGAAGGUUAAAAUGCUAAGAGUUUGAUUCCCUUACAUUCUGGGGACAUCAAAAGAGCAGAAGAGAGAAAGUGCUGGCUGCAGAAGCUUUCCAAGCCGGGACCCAGUUCACCAUGGCCCUGCGACAUGACUCUUCAUUUACACCAGUGCAAAGUGGGCACAAAAUGCAGGUGUAAAUGAUGACACAUGGUGCAGGUUUAGCAGAGAAGCAGGCCUGAUUACUACCAGGUGAAAGGAGAGAGCUGGGUUCAUACUGGUCCCAGCACAAUUUGCUUCUUAACAUAUUCGCCCUGCCUGUCUCCUUGAGAAUGAGUUCUUACAAAAGACAACCCCUAAUCCACAGAUUCCUUUAUUUAUGAAAUCCCUACGGCGUGCAAAGGAAGCUGCAAAUAGGCUGUUAUAUAUUGUAGCAAAUCCAUGAUCACAUUGGCUCUUCCUAGAUGUUGCUGCACUGCACGCAGUGGCCAUUUAGAACUUCACAGUGACAGUAGGGAUAGACCAUGGAUCUUUCUAGUCCAAAAGCCCAACCCACUGGGUGAAAGGAGAAUCUCCAUUAGAUGCUGGCAGUAUAGGGCCUAUGACACACAUAUGAAUUAUGUUUCUAUCUUGUAGCGUGUGGUGGUGCACGUAUAUAUUAGCUGGGUCAGUGCAAUAUCUUGCACAGGAUGCUGCAACCCUUAAUACAGAGAGGAGGAUGGAGGAAAGGAAAUAAGUGCCCUGACAAAGAAAAUUAUUGAGCACUUGGAAACAGGGGACAGAUGGUUUGAGGGAUGCGAUUACAGGGGAGAAAUUGUCUGGAUAUCCCCCUCACCCCCUAGUCGAACCCUCUCUGCAAGGAUCUUAGCAGAAACUGAAAACACAGUUUACCUCAUUACCUACCCCCAGACAGCUACUGCAGAGAAGGGCAAAUGCUUCCCUCUGCACCUAGGCCAGGGCUGAUUUUUUGAGGCAUUAGCAGCCUCCUGAGUUGCAAUCUUCCAGCCUGAGAAGGACCUGGAUGUGGACAGUCACAUACUUUAAGGAAAAGUCCAAAUCCAAGUCCAAACUUUGCAGCUGCCUCCCGUCUCUACAAUGGGUUGAAUCAGAACCCUGAAUCCAAAUGCCUCCUGGACUUCGGGAGAAAUUUGGAUCUGGCUCCUGGUCCAAACUUUGCCCCCUCUCUCUACAAGCGGCUUGAUCCAGAUGCCAGGUAUACUUUGGGAGAAGCCCCGAUCUGGAUCCCAACAUGGCCACUUGGCCCAAUCUCUUCUGCAGUGUGGAGUGAUUCACCUUUCACCACCAAGGCCUGACUUGCUGCUACUGCAGUGGAAAACACCUGCAUGGCACCUGCUCGUCUCUCUCCAGGGGAAAACAAUUAAACCAGAAUAGCUUGCUGCCCCUUUGUGUUUCUUGGUGGAAUUGCAGGGGCUCCCGUCCUUGCAUGUCCCAUCUGUUCCGGUUGCUGCUGUCACUGAUGCUAUUUAGCCUCCUCUGUGGAUUUCAGCUGAUCCAGCUCUCCAAGCAAAGGCCUGAUCCUGUUCCCCGUUGAAGCCAGCAGCAAAAGUCCCUGGCGCUUAGAUACAACAGGGAUGAGGAACAUGUUAGCACCGAGAGGGACGAAGUCUCUGUUGGUUUCAGUGACGCAGGAUAGGGGCCCUAAGGGAGACAUAUCAGAGGGCAAGGGCUGGGUUUUCCCUACAGGGGCUUGGGUGAUGCGGGAUUGUUUGUCUCCAUCCAUACAGCUCUUCUUGCUCUGCACUUGUUCUCGAGCCUCGAAAUCCCAGGUCCACCUGUGACCAGUGCACUCCUCCCUCCCUCCUUCCAUUCCUUUGAUUCUGUUGUAAAUAAAAUUUUGUAUUUUCUCUGGACAUUGCUAAUAAAUUGUUGCAAAACUGGGAA